UUGUCGUAUGUCAGUUACUGAUUUUGAGUAUUUACUUAAUUCAGUUGGACCAAAAAUUGCAAAGCGUAAUACUAACUACAGAGAUGCGAUUCCCCCACAUGAACGGCUGGCAGUCACACUACGAUUUUUGGCUGCAGGGGACUCAUACACUAGUCUGAUGUAUCUAUUUAAAAUAUCAAAACAAGUAAUAUCUAGAAUUGUUCCAGAGGUAUGCGAAGCUUUAGUGAUGACGCUGCAUGAAUAUGUUCAGUUGCCCAGAACAUCUGACUCAUGGAAAGAAAUUGCUGCAGAAUUUAGUAGCAGGUGGAAUUUUCCGCAGUGUUUAGGAGCAAUUGACGGAAAACAUGUGGUACUUCAAGCUCCAAUUAAUACCGGUACAGAAUAUUUCAAUUACAAAGGGACCCACAGUAUUGUACUAUUAGCAAUAGUGGAUGCUCAAUAUUCGUUCACAUACGUAAAUGUUGGCUGCCAAGAUCGAAUUUCUGACGGAGGAGUGUUUAAAAAUUCAUUUUUUUUAACUGACCGAAGAAACAUUAAACAUUCCGGAGGAUAGUCCUCUGCCAGGCCGAAAUAAACAUGUACCUUUCGUUUUUGUAACGGACGAUGCCUUUCCGCUACAGAAUCAUUUAAUGAAACCCUAUCCUGGGUCUCACGAGGCGGGAUCGUCAAAGAGAGUCUUUAACUACCGUUAGAGGAGUUUUAAGGAAACCUAUGUUGCUAGAACCUGAAAAGGCUAAGAAAGGUGUUCUGGCGUGUGUGUACUUGCACAAUUUUUU